UGAGCCGCUGUGAUUGGAGAACGGCGAUAAUCAGAUGGUCUGGACUCAAGAGUAAAGGACUAUUUGAUGGCGCCCAGCAAGUCGAGGGAGUAGAAUCAGACCCCUUAGCUACCUCGUCCACAUGUGCACAACUUAGACUUUACCUCCCUCAAGGGUAAACGUGGGAGGUAAAGAGACCUUCCGCUGCGUACAGCCCGCGCGACCCGGAAACAAAAUCUUUUAAAAAAAUUAUUCACACACUCGAGAGGCGGGAGAAAUUGACGUGUCGGAAAGACUGGAAGGCUUCUCCUGUUGCUAAGCAACUAGGCUGGAGAGCAAGCGCAAGCAAAGGCGGAUGUGGGGCUACCUGAAGAAUCAGUGACUGCCGUUCCCCUGAUACUCAGAAGACCAAGUGAGUGAGUCGCGCCCUGCUUGUCCUCCUUUCUUAGCCAGCGGACCAUCCACCCCAGACUGUCAGGUGACGAGGUGGGAGGUUUGCGGGGACGCUCUCUGCGGAGGCCGGGACCGCGGGUCCUCUCCUCUCCACAGGCAGGACAGCGAUUCCUUCUGCCAUCAGAUGUCUUUCUGCUUGACUGAACUGCACCUGUGGUCUUUGAAGAAUACCUUACACAUUGCGGAUAGAGAUAUUGGUAUAUACCAGUAUUAUGACAAGACCGAUCAACCAGUAUCAGCAACAGAGCAUGGUAACUUAGAAGAAAAGCAGAAGCUGGCAGAAUCACGAGAUUAUCCGUGGACUCUCAAAAACAGACGCCCAGAAAAACUUCGAGACUCACUCAAAGAGUUGGAGGAGCUGAUGCAAAACAGUCAGUGUGUGCUGAGCAAAUGGAAGAACAAAUAUGUCUGUCAGCUCCUCUUUGGUUCAGGUGUGCUGGUGUCCCUAAGUCUUUCUGGGCCACAGCUGGAGAAAGUGGUGAUUGACAGAAGCCUGGUGGGGAAGCUCAUCUCAGACACCAUCAGUGAUGCUCUUCUCACAGACAGCUUUAUCAUCUUUUCAUUUUUGGCACAAAACAAACUGUGUUUUAUUCAGUUUACCAAGAAGAUGGGUUCUCCUGAUAUAAACAAAAGACUGGAAAAAAUCUCAGCUUUGGAUUAUAAGAUUUCCUAUCAUGAAAUACCUGGCCCAGUAAACAGGACAACAGAGCGUCAUCUAGCUAUCAACUGUGCUCAGGAUAUAGUUGUUUGCUGGUGGCCACUGGUCAGUGAUGAUGCUUGGCCAUGGACCCCCAUCUCUGCUGAGAAGGACAGAGCCAAUCUGCUGCUCCUGGGUUAUGCUCAAGGAAGACUGGAGGUUCUGAGUUCUGUACGCACAGAAUGGGAUCCACUGGAUGUUUGCUUUGGCACCAAACAGACUUGCCAGGUGUUGACAGUGGAGCACUCCAUCAGUGGAGACAAAGAGCCUAUGGCUGACAGCUGCAUCUAUGAAUGUGUUCGGAACAAAAUUCAGUGUGUCUCAGUCACCAGAAUACCACUAAGAUCCAAGGCCAUUAGCUGUUGCAGGAAUGUUACUGAAGACAAACUGAUUCUGGGCUGUGAGGAUUCUUCAGUAAUUCUUUAUGAAACUCAUCGUAGAGUGACUCUUUUAGCUCAAGCUGAACUUUUGCCUUCAUUAAUAAGCUGCCACCCAAGUGGCACCAUUCUGCUAGUUGGCAGCAACCAAGGAGAGCUACAAAUUUUUGAUAUGGCUCUAUCCCCUAUUAACAUCCAACUCUUGGCUGAAGACCGCUCACCUAGGGAGACUCUGCAGUUCAAAAAAUUUUUUGAUGUUUCCAGCAGCCUUGUUCAAAUGCAGUGGGUAGCUCCUCAGGUUGUUUCUCAGAAGCCUGAAAGUGAGGACAUCUACAAUCUCCUCUUCCUCAGGUUUGACAGAGGACCUUUGGGUGUACUUUUGUUUAAACUUGGUAUCUUCACGCAAGGACAGCUGGGCCUGGUAGACAUCAUCUUCCAGUACAUUCACUAUGAUGAGAUCUACGAGGCGAUAAACAUCCUGAGCAGUAUGAACUGGGACACUCUGGGCCAUCAGUGCUUUGUCAGCAUGAGUGCCAUUGUCAACCAUCUUCUUAGACAAAAGCUCACUCCAGAGAGAGAAGCACAGCUUGAGGCAAGCCUUGGAACCUUCUAUGCUCCAACAAGACCACUCCUCGAUACAACUAUAUUGGAAUAUAGAGACCAAAUCAGCAAAUAUGCAAGGAGAUUCUUCCACCACUUGCUCAGGUACCAGAGAUUUGAGAAGGCAUUUCUGUUAGCUGUUGAUAUUGGUGCUCGUGACCUAUUUAUGGACAUCCAUUACCUUGCACUAGAUAAGGGUGAAUUGGCACUAGCUGAAGUGGCAAGAAAAAGAGCUAGCAACAUUGAUGCAGAAUCAAUCACCACUGGAGUUGAACUCCUGGGACCUUUGAACAGAGGGGAUACACUAGCUGAAGAUUUUCUUGGCCUGUCAUUAACAACGCAAGGAGAAGACUCAUUUCCAGAUAACCUCCCUACCUUUUGUUCUAUCCAUAGUCAUAUUAUGCAACAAAGAACACUGAAUGCUUCGUCUAACAGGUAA